UCAGACUUGCUUUCAUGCCCUCUCCAUCUAAAACGGGUUCCGUUAAACCAACACUAUCCUUCAGUUAGAUCUAAAUCUAUAGCUCACUGCAGGCUCCAUUACUUGAGAUUUGUCGAUAUAAGUUUAAAGAGUUAGAAGGCAAUGCUUGAUUCGGAAGUCGGGAUGGAAACUGCACACCGCGGGGGAUGUCGACUUGUGGCUUUGUGCGUGUUGCUGAGAAGCUGCACACAAGGCCGCAGUGGGUGAAGGCAGUUGUUUCUCUCCGUUUCCUGUUCGAUGUUGAGCACUCCAGCAGCAUUCAGCUGCGUGAGAGUCAGUCACACAGUUUGGGCCAGGCCACAGUCUUCUGAUUGCCUUCCAUAGAAAAAGUAAAACAGCAUCAGGACACGGUGAUCCCCGUGGAUAUGGGAGCAAAGAUGUUGUGGGCGCUCUCUGGAAUUGUCAUUGCUGCAACCUUGCAGUGGCUGGGAGUCGCAGCACAAACAGAUCCUUCUGUGACAGUUGCAGGGACUACUGUCACUUUAACUUGUCCCUUGGUUGAACCAAAUAAACUUGAAUGGUUUAAGAAGGCGAAAUCAGGCACAGAUACAGAUCUUCAAAGCGUGGAGACAAAAUAUGAUAUAAGCGAUUUCACCGAUUCCAAUAACGGCGAGUAUUAUUGUAAGGAUGGUACUUCCACCUACAGCUUCUACAUCCGAGCCAAAGUUUGUGAAAGCUGCAUUGAACUCAACACAGGGUUGGUCAUCGGUAUCAUCUGCGGCGAUCUGUUCUUCACUCUCCUGGUGGCUGGGCUUGUCUACUGGUUUGCCAAGCAAAGAGGAGCAGCUGCCAAAGAUUUCCGUCCACUUGAACCUGCCUAUCCACCGAGUCGCCCACCACCCACGGCUGCGGCACAUCAGAGUGAAUACGCGGUAAAGUCUCACAAAUGAACCUAUCCUCCCUUCAUGGUGAAGGUCAAUGAUGUACCUGGUUAUUUAUCAACUCCAUUUGAGGGCAUGGGCUUUAAAACGUAUCUGGUGGAACUCCACACCAUAUCUUAUACGAUGAAUACUCACCAAGACUCCUCCUAUCUCCCCUGGUCAAACCCAUUCCAUGCUAUGGUUUUAGUCUGUUGAACUCAGUAUCCUUGGCUCAACGAGUAGCAUUCUUCCUUCUGUAUCAGAAGGCUUUGGGUUCACAUCUCCACUCUUAAGACCUGGUCGAUGCAACUGUGCAGUCCCAAGGGAACUGUGCACUCUCCCUGGGACAGGUACUGGCCUAAUACUAGAAUGUCAAGUGCUAAUGAAGUCUGUGCCGGCUGUAGGUCACCACCAAGGUGGCAUUAUAUGCUCAGGGAACAGUCCAGAGGGAGCACUGCACUCAGGAGACGGGGGUGGAGGGGGUAGUAGUGGGUAGUACUGAUGGGCUCUGCACACUAAGAAGGCCAUCACUGAGGGACCGAUGCACCCUCAGGUGGCUGAUCUAAGGGAGCAAUAAGAUUUUGAAGCAACAAUACUUCCUAAAAAAUGCUGAAUAUUCGACAUGGUCCCAUCUGCCCUCCAAGAUGGGUGUAGAGGUUGUCAUGGUAAUAUCUAUGAGAGAGCUGAGUGCCUGUCCCUGCUGCCCUUGAUGAUAUUUAUCCUCCAUGCAAAAUGAUUAAAACAGAUGAACUGCUCAUUUUCUCAUUGCUAUAUUUUAGCAUCUUGCUUUGCAAAAUUCAACCUCAACCUUGACUCCACUGAUUGCCUGAUGGGGUGGAUACCAUUGCAGCACAAGGCCUCAAAUGGAA